GCAAUUAUUUCAGCAGGCUGCUCAGAUUCAUCAGCGGCUCCACCGUCUCUCCACCACAGCAGGAAGAUGAGUCUGUCGACACCGACAUACACAGACAAUAUAGAUUAAAAGAACAACAGCAAUAUUACUACGAAUAUAUAUAUUUAUAUAUAUUUAAAAAAGAAAAAGAAAAAAAGAAAAAGUUAAAUCAAUGGUACAGAAAAGUAGUAUGUCCAGGACGCCUUCGACCUCAACCCAGGAGAUCCAGAUGGACAUGUUCGACCAUCAUCCACACACACAGGGAAAGUAUGCCAAGAGGAAGGGCCGAUUUAAGCGCUCGGAUGGAAGCACCUCCUCUGACACCACCUCCAACAGCUUUGUCAGACAGGGCUCUGCAGACUCCUACACCAGCCGGCCGUCGGACUCGGACGUGUCCCUGGAGGAGGACCCCGAAGCUCUGAGGAAGGAGGCUGACAGACAGGCACUCGCCACACUCGAGAAAGCAAAGACCAAACCAGUGGCGUUUGCAGUGCGGACAAAUGUCGGUUAUAACCCCGGCCCCAGUGAUGACGUUCCUGUGCAGGGCAUGGCCAUAUCCUUUGAAGCCAAAGACUUCCUGCAUAUUAAAGAGAAGUACAGCAACGACUGGUGGAUCGGGCGUCUGGUGAAGGAAGGCUGUGAGGUGGGCUUCAUCCCCAGCCCGGUCAAACUGGAAAACACCCGUCUGCUGCAGGAGCAAAGGAUGAGACAGAAUCGACUCAGCUCCAGUAAAUCUGGAGGAAGCUCCAGUCUGGACGUCGCCACAGGAACCCGCAGGCCUACCCCACCUGGCACAGCUCACAUGGACUCGUCCACUCUGUCAUUUGACGUUGACACCCUCGACCUGGAUGCUGAGGAGCCCCCUGAGUCCCAGGGUGACCCUCGCUCCUCCAAGGGCAUGUCAGGCAGUGUAACAUCCCCUCAGGCCAACACCCACCGACUGCCCUUCUUUAAGAAGAUGGAGCACGUCCCUCCCUAUGACGUGGUCCCCUCCAUGAGACCCAUCAUCCUAGUUGGGCCGUCACUCAAAGGCUACGAGGUGACGGACAUGAUGCAGAAAGCGCUCUUCGACUUCCUCAAGCAUAAGUUUGAGGGCAGGAUAUCCAUCACGCGGGUGACAGCGGACAUUUCUCUGGCCAAACGCUCCGUCCUCAACAACCCCAACAAACACACCAUCAUCGAGCGCUCCAGUACCCGCUCCAGUCUGGCGGAGGUGCAGAGUGAGAUCGAGCGCAUCUUUGAGCUGGCCCGCACUCUGCAGCUGGUCGCUCUGGAUGCAGACACCAUCAACCAUCCCUCUCAGCUGGCUAAGACCUCCCUCGCUCCCAUCAUUGUCUAUAUCAAAAUAGCCUCACCUAAGGUUCUCCAGAGACUCAUUAAAUCCAGAGGCAAGUCCCAGGCUAAACACCUAAAUGUGCAGAUGGUGGCAGCAGACAAGCUGGCUCAGUGCCCACCUGAAUUAUUUGACAUCAUCCUGGACGAGAACCAGCUGGAAGACGCCUGCGAGCACCUGGCUGACUAUCUGGAGGCCUACUGGAAGGCGACACACCCCCCGAGCAGCAACCCUCCCAACCCUCUGCUCAACCGUACCAUGGCCACUGCGGCUCUGGCCGCUUCCCCCGAGCCCGUCUCCAACCUGCAGGGGCCGUACCUGGUGCACGGCGAGCAGAAGCGGGAAGGGCCUCUGACAGAGUGCGGUGGGAGCGGCACUCUUCACGACUAUCAGACCGACCUGGGUGGGAAGCCUCAGCAGCAGCAGCAGCAGCAGCAGCAAACGUAUCUGCGCUCCUCUCGUGGUCAGCUACGGGGGGGGAGCGGGCGGGGCCUGUCCCGGCAAGACACCUUCGACUCUGAGACCCAGGGUAGCCGGGACUCUGCCUACACCGAGGCCGGCGACUCCUGCAUGGACAUUGAGACCGACCCCUACGAAGAGCCCGAGCCCUACCGAGGGGGCGGGGGCAGCCGGCUCCACCUAGCGCAGCAUCACGGCAGACAGGCGUCCUGGGAAGACGAGGGCGCCGAGCCGGACCAGGAGAACCUGAACCACCCUCCGAUGCCGAGCCAGACGCAGCCGCACGGACGCGCCAAGCUGAGGGAGCGCUACUGCCAGGACCCUGUGGACACGGGGGCCAACGUGAGCCGCAACAAGAAUCAGGACGACUGGGGGAGGGACGUCUACAUCCGCUGAGCAUGCGUCAUACCACAGAGGCGAGUGUGCCCCUGGACAGACUGAGGACGGAGGGAGGGGAAGGUCCAGAUUCUAGGUUCAAAGUGAACUCGAGUGUGGGUUUGGGGCCAUGCAAGUCAGGCUAACCAAUUAAUCUGUUUACAUCCCUGUACUAUGUAAAUUAAGACAUCGACUGCCAGAUGCCAUUCUCAUCACCUUCUUCUUCUGCAAUUCAGUUUGUUUAUGUUUAGAAAGAUACUAUUAUUGGUCUUCUUUUUGUUUCUUAUGUUAAUACUGCAUGAGUAUCACGGAUUUCUAUACUGACAGCACAAGGACAGUAAGUAAGUGUUGUACGAUUGUGAAUCUAUGAUUGUGAUCUGUAUGCGUCAAUCUAUCCUUCAGCUGUAGAAUGUGAAGGCUGGUAAAGCUGUCGUCCGUCCGUCCGUCCGUCCG